AUGGUCAAGGAAAGCAAGAGGGCACUGCAGUGGCCCAAACAGCAACUGCUCAUUCUCGCAAUAUGUCGCUUCGGUGAACCUGUGAUUAUGACCUCGGUCUACCCUUAUAUACCUGAAAUGAUCCAGUCAUUUAAUAUUCCCGAUGACAAAGUCGCGAAAUGGGCUGGACUCCUGGCCGCGACAUUCUCCCUCUCACAAAGUCUGACCGGAAUCGCAUGGGGCAGGGCAUCCGAUAAGUUUGGUCGCAAACCUAUCAUCCUCGUCGCGUUGACCUGCACUAUGGUAUUUAGUGUUGGGUUCGGUUUCUCGAGUAACCUCGUCUGGGCAUUUAUGUGGAGAUCACUACAAGGACUGUCGAAUGCGAAUGCUGGGAUAAUCAGGACUGCUGUUGCGGAGCUCGUUCCUCAGAAGGAGUUGCAGCCUCGUGCUUUCAGUAUCAUGCCUCUAGUAUGGAACAUUGGCAGCAUCUUUGGGCCAUCGAUUGGCGGGUCUCUUGUCCGCCCUGUUGAGCGAUACCCUGGACUCUUCGGGAAAUCAAAGUUCUUCGCCGACCACCCCUUCGCGCUGCCGAAUCUUUUGAUUAGCAUCCUCUUCCUGAUCGGCAUCUCGGCGGGAAUCCUCUUCUUCCGCGAAACACUUGAGGAGAAGAAGUCUCAGCGUGAUUAUGGUCUUCUCCUUGGGAAGGUGUUGACGGCAAGUUGCACGAAGAGAAAACGAGCAAGAGGAUGGUCGAAUCCGGAAGAGAGCGAACCAUUUCUCGAUGGGACAGCCAGCGAACUCUCGAGCCCUGUCGCAAACCGCGCGCCUCCACUUCCCAAGAAAAAUCCCGGUUGGGCACAGGUCUUCUCGAGACAAUCCAAUAUCAAUCUUGUGGUCUACACCUUCAUAGCCAUGCAUUCGGCUGCGUACGACCAGUUGCUCGCAAUUUUCAUGCAUUACCCUGUUCAAUCCAGUCACGAUCCAGAAGUGCACCUGCCGCUGAAAUUUGCUGGCGGGUUCGGUAUUGGUUCCAAUCAGAUUGGACUUCUGUUUACCGUAUAUGGCGUCUUUGGCAUGCUGGUGCAAUUCUUCAUCUUCCCGCCUUUCGCCCGAAAGUACGGUGUAUUGAAUUGUCUCAAAGCUUGCUCGCUGGCUUUCCCACUGAUUUACGUUGCAACCCCGUUCACGGCCUUGCUACCGACAAACUCAAUGCGUCAGGGUGUGAUGAUGGUCAUGAUGUUGAUGAAGGGGUUUUGUGGCAUCUUCGCUUUCCCAUGCUCAACCAUCUUGCUCACUAACAGUGCUUCGAGUCUGAGCAUUCUAGGAACCUUGAAUGGUGUCGCCACCAGCAUUUCGGCCGUGGGGAGAGCCGCAGGUCCAGCUUUAGCCGGUGCCACUUUCAGUGCCGGUGUCGACAUUGGCUAUGUCAUCAUAUGUUGGUGGACUUUGGCUCUUGUUGGUGUGUUGGGGGCUGUCCCGGUUUGGGGCUUAGUGGAAAUGGAGGGGUUUGCAAGAAGCUCGAGUGAUGAUGAUGAUGAUUCGGAAGACGAGGAUGAUGAGGAUGCAACGGAGAUUGACGAGGAUUUCGACGACGACUAUUUCGACGAAGAUUCCAGAGCUGAAGAGGAAGUCAGAUUCAUCACCACCGACGCAGACGACAGAACCGCAAAAACUUCUUCAAUUUCAUCCAGUGGAGGAGUGCGCGAAACUCGGCCCCGCAGACCAUCCCAUGCCUCAAGCAAGGCCAGCGAUGUCUUCGACGCAGACGAAGACGAGGGUUCCCUUCCAGGAUCCGGAUCUCUGUCUCCAAUCACUUCUAGAGGUUCUCAGCCUCGUCCACGAAACCGUAGCUCGCACAGAGAGCUACGCCGCAUCGCUAGCCCGAUUGGUCUGGGUCCCGGUGUUAUUCCCACUGGCUCACGCCGUUAUAGCAGUGAUUUGGGCGCGACAAGAAGUGGAUUAGGUGUUGGUGGAACGAGUUUCAAUUAA